AACGUCAAUUGACGUUGACGUUAAAGUUUUGACGACGCAGCGCAAUCAUGUCUUUUGAGGAGCGCCUGAUAUCUUGUGUGAGGAAACGGGAGCCCCUUUGGAACAUUAAGUCAAAUGCUUAUCGCAGGCAAGACUUGAAGGAGGAGAAGUGGCUGGAAGUUGCAAGGGAACUUCACACAUCUGUGGAAAACUGCAAAACCCGAUUCAGGUCGCUGCGUGAUCGCUACGGAAAAGAGCUGAAAAAGAGAGGCACAGCAUUGAGGAAUGGUGUUGAUGAGGAGGAUGAGUGGAUGUAUUUCAAGCAACUGGACUUCCUGCGAAACUACGGCAGGAAGAAUAGAUCUCAGCAAUAUGCAAUUGUGCCUAAGAGUGAGACCGCUGAGGAUUCUUGGGACAAUCAAGAAUCUGCAAUUGUGCUGUCCUCCAAUGUUGAUUCCAUGGUAAAUCCUCUGGAGUCCACAGAGCAGCCCACUGUUCAGGAGUUCCACGAGGAAAUGGACGUGAUUGAUGAAAAGUUCAGCCACUUUCUGGAGAAUGCAAACUCAUUUUUGAGCACAAAUAUGAAGAGAAACGCGCCCAAGAGCUCCUUCCUUCCCUACUUGGAGGAGAAGAUGCAGCUUCUGCCACAGAACGUGAGGAAUGAUCUGGAAUUCGAGUUUCUGGCGAGGAUUAAUGAGGAACUACAAAAAGACAAAAACUGA